UUGGAGAUAUGGCUUUAAAAACCCUAAACCCGAACUAUCAUCAUCAUCUUGUACCCUGAGCUGAAUAUUCGAAACCCUAAAUCUAACUCUACUGGUUGAGCUUCCGCCGUACGAAAUUCCUCUGCAUUUUGCUACUGCCGUUCAGUUCCUGCUAAAAUGAGCCGGCCAAUGGAGGAAGAUACGACUAAGAAUGAAGAAGAGGAAUUCAACACUGGACCACUUUCUGUUCUGAUGAUGAGUGUUAAAAAUAAUACUCAGGUACUGAUAAAUUGUAGAAAUAACAAGAAGCUUCUGGGUCGUGUCAGGGCUUUUGAUAGGCACUGCAACAUGGUUCUUGAAAAUGUUAGGGAAAUGUGGACUGAGGUGCCAAAGACUGGUAAAGGAAAGAAAAAGGCCCAACCUGUCAACAAGGACAGGUUUAUAAGUAAAAUGUUCCUUAGAGGGGAUUCUGUGAUAAUUGUUCUCAGGAACCCCAAGUGAUGACUUGAUAUGGACAUAUAGAUAGAUUGUGAUGUGGGUCUAUUCUUCAAUGACGAGUUCCAUUUGUAUUUGGAUAUCUAUUUUCAUUGGCUGCAUCUAAGUUGGAUGUGGAGGGCACUUUCAUUAAUGGACUCUAGUAUUGAUUUAGUAGCAGAAUCCUCUGAUAUACAUCUUAUUUUGUAUUUUUGUAUUGAUGUCUGCACCUGUAUGACACAAGCAGCUCUAAUGAAAAAUUGUUAGUGAUCAA